AAUACAAAAAGGGCAAAAAAAAAAAAAGCGACCAAAAUCCUUAAAACAUAAAACCCUAAACCCCAAACCAGAUUGAGUGCUUAAACCCUUGAUAUGCCAUUGCUUUUCAAUGAAGCAGCAUCAACAGAACAAAGGUAAUCUGGUGACGACGACGACUACCCAGAAGAAAAAAAGAAAAGAAGUAGCUGUGUUUGGUAAUUAUAGAAAUUACUAUGGCUAUAGAAUAGGUCAGGAUUCGGAGGAAGAUCCAAGGUUAAAAGCUAUGAAGAAGGAAUGGUUUGAAGGCAAGGAUUGUCUUGACAUUGGGUGUAACAGUGGAGUGAUAACAAUCGCCAUUGCGCAAAAGUUUAGUUGCCGAAGCAUCCUUGGAAUUGAUAUUGAUGAUGCAAGAAUUCAGGAUGCCUAUUGGACUCUCAGGAAAACAGUGAAGAGUACUAAAGCAGCGCCUGCAGGGGUUGCCAAAUUGGAAGAAUCUAAGAAUUUAAAUGGUAUUAAAAACUAUGUGGAAGAAUCACCUAAGAAAAAGGCAAGGACUGAUUGUACAGAAUCUCAUCAUUUGCAAGAGGCAGACUUGUUUGACAUAGUCUCUUUCAAGAAGGGGAAUUUUGUUCAGAAUUGGCAUCCAGGGGAAAAUACAUCUUAUGAUACAAUUACUUGUUUAAGCGUGUCAAAGUGGGUGCAUUUAAACUGGGGUGAUGAGGGACUAAUAACUUUAUUUUCGAAAGUCUGGAGGCUUCUUUCACCGGGUGGUGUCUUUAUUUUGGAGCCUCAGCCUUGGAGUUCAUACUACAAUAAUCGUCUUGUAUCUGAGACAACAAAAGUUAAUUAUCAAGAGAUUAAGAUCCGUCCCGAAGAUUUUCAAGAUAUACUUUUGGACAAGAUUGGAUUUAGAAUGGUAGAGGACAUAACGUCUAGUGCAUCUGGUCGCAAAGCUGGGUUUAACAGGCCUAUUUUUGCAUUCUGGAAGUGAUGCAUUAAGUUUAUGAAAUUGCUUUUUUUUGUCUGAAGUGUUGUAUAUAUACUACGGCUGAUGAUUUAUUUCACCUUACUGAUAAUUGAAUGUACAUUUUUGCCUAACUGAUAAUUGCAUGCAUUGAUAGUUUGUAGUCAAAAUUUUGAAACAAUUGGUCGUCAAAUAUAGGUAGUUGUAACUACUUAUGAAUGUUCAUACAUUAAAUUAAGUCUAUCCAGGGUAAGUGACGAAUUAGAGAGACAAAUUGGCAUGUACUGGAAUCAUAUGGUUGGCUUAUCAAGGGUGGAAUUAGUUUUUUACA